CCCGCCAUUCCACCAGCAGCCAACACUUCCCAAAAAUUUAAAUCAAAUCCCGAUUUGGUUUUCAAUUACAGUCUUCUUUUUCAGUUUCUUUGAUUUCCAGUGUCAUUCAUCUCCUUCUUCGAAAAUUCGCUUGCCCUAAUUUGCUUUCGAGGCGUGCGUACGUAUCUCAUUUGAUCACAAAUUUCUUCGGGAGGGUUUCGGAGCUCCACAUCCGUCUUCACGCUUGACUUUGUGGCACGCAAUACUGGAAAUCUGGAAUCUAUCAGAUACGAAGAAGCUAAUCUGCCAGCCGACCAAGUUGGUUGGUACAUUUGCAAGUGGAAUUCUGUCAUAUCCUUUUUCCCCAGAUCAAAUAUGCAAGGAAGCAGGUAUUGCGUAGAAUUUCUAUACAAAAGCCUUUGCUGUCUCCUCCCCAUGUUCUUUUUUUUUUUUAUCAUUGUUAUAUGGUUCGGGAAAUGUAGGAUGAAUCAUGCUGAGUGCCUAAUGUUCUUUUAAUUUUUUUUACUUAUAUGCCUGCAGUUAGUGCAAGCCUGCAAGGUCAUUCUAUUCGUCCUCUAUAAAAUUAGUUGAACAAUGGUUACACUUUUCCAUCAUUCUGCUUUUAUAUUUUUGAUAGGGUAUGGUUUAGUCACUAAUGACACAUGUUUGACACCAAUAAUUGCUAAAGGAAUUUCAUAGCUAGUAGGCUUUUGGAGAAGUGGAAUGGGGAUUCAAGCAAAUCAUUGGUUGAGAGAGACUUAUGAAAAUGUGAAAAGCAUAUGUGAUUCUGUAUCCAAAGUGGUCCUUAAGGUACAUCUUCCUGCUGAUAUUUGGAAUCCUUCUCUCUUCAAAUCCUCAUCUCUAAAAGUAAUGCCCACAGAUUCCUCCUCUUUUUUCUUUUUUUUUUACUUUUAUUUUAAAAAAAAAAAAAACUUUUGUGGAGGGUGCUCGUGGACCUCUUUGCUACUUGCUAGUCAAUGUCAUGUGGAGUACUUGCUACCAGGUUUUCAGAGUUAGAUUUCUAGUAGCUCUAGUAAAACUAAGGGUUUAUACUUUAUACUAUAUAGUCAGCUUACCAGAGAAAUACGUCAUUCCCAGAGUGGAAGAAAUGAACUAUGUACACAUAUCAGCCAGCUUUUACAUUGAGAACCACUUAUAGAAGGAAUCUUUUUAAAAAAGAGAGGAAAAAAAAUGGAAAGUGGAAACCACAAGUAUCUAUUCCCCGAUUCUAAAUGCGAGGGCUAGAAGGAUCUCAGUGAUAUGGUUCCCUAAAGAUGAGCAUAUUGAUGUAUGAUGUCCAUUAUACAUAUUAAUUGGUUUUGUAGGCCGGUGUAUCAUAGAUUUCACUUGUGGGCUGGACAGAGUCCUGAUCCUUUGUCGUGUAAGCUUAAAAGCGCAAGGAACUGUUAAAAAUAUCUCUGAGGUGACAAUAGUUUUGUGGCUUGAAUUUGAUGGAUAAGAUAUCACAUAAUUGUCAUGAUGUGAGUUAGGGAUAUGUUUUGUCAUGGAACCAAAAUAGUCGGAAGCUAGGACAACUAGCUGUUUCAUGUUUAGUCACUGACUCCAUAAUGACAUUAGUCAUGGAUGUAUCUGCAAGAGUGCUUUGGUUUGAAUUGAUCAUAAACAAGUCUGGUUUCUUUCUUAUAGCCUGCAUGAGAAAGCAAUAAUUUUUUUGCUGGCAGAAUAGUUGUAUACACAUACAUGAAUAUCAUUGCUUGCGCAACUUUGGAUUCUAGCUCAGCCAGACCACGAUUGGCCAAAUAUGGCACAGCCCACUCCGACUACUUCUCUAAGAAAAUGUGAUAUGCAUGGGCUUAUUCUGAAGUUGAUGAUUUAUCAAUUUAAGAUGGGCUAGGAAGCAACCCAAAAAAUGCACGAGGGAGUGCGUUCUGCAAGCAAUCCACAACUAACUAGUUGAAUUUGCAAUCAUCCUGUGGAGUCACUAUGGGUAGUCGAUUCUUGACUAAGGUGAAUCUUUUAUUAUUAAAGUCAUCAUGGCCUUGGUUAUAGUACUAGAUUCCUUGUUCCAAAUGCCAAUUCUCGUGAACUAGUUGGAUUCUUAGCCUCUACCCCCACGUUAGUCAAUGCUCAAUACUGUGUUGACUUCACAUUCUCAUCAUAUUUCAUUUUUUCUUAGCAGUCAUUUCUCAUCAUAUACUAGUAUCACCGGUAGGUUGUUUCGCCUUCCGAUCAGAAGACAGCUUUGGAUCGAUUUCUAAAGAAGUAUCAAAUAAGACUUCUGUAGAAUAUAUCAUAACAAAAUUGUGUGCAUGUUCCUGUUUUCCAACAUUAAGUUAUGAUUAUUGCAGUAUAAAAUUACAAGCUAAAAUCACAAAGAAAAAAUUAAUUUUCUGUAAUGCUAGGUUAAAGCUGCUAUACUUACACGAGUAUAAUGCAUUGAAUUUCACAUUUUUUCAUUCAUCUUCUAUAAUUGUUAUUUCGCCGUUUACAUCAUUAUGAUUUCCUGUCAUUGUCAUCUGUAUGCUUAAACUGAUUGCUUGAACAUGCACAUUGAACAGCUGUUCUGUUAAAAUCCUCGUACACAAGGGGGUGUGAAAUAUGUGAUAAUUGAUGGGUCUGUAAAUGCAAUUAGAAGGGUCCAUCUAUAUUGGGUCUAGCUCCACGUUUUCCAUCGAUGCGUUACCAAUGAUAUGAUACUGAUUUAUGUUUCAUGCGUCGCAAUCUCUUUUGAAAGUCUUCUUUGACAAUGAGGAGACUAGGGUUUCUAUUGCUGAAUCUGAUGAAUGUGUUGCUUCUACUGCUGAAAUAUUUGAGAUUUGAAGUUGUGAGGAUCAAGAGCAUGCAGUGUCCUUUCUUCUUUCAUUGUGCUCAGAACAGGUUCAAUAUUGUUACACGGUCAUGGAUAAAGGUGUUAUCCCUGCACUAGUUGAUCUAUCAUUUAAUGGAACUGAGAAGGUAAGGGCUAGCGCAAUUGAACUGCUCCAAAAAUUAAGAGAUAUCAAAUAUGAUGCUGAGGAAGACUGCAAAUCUGCAAUGGUUCUGACUUUGAUGCCUCUCGAGAUGUCAAUUACAAUUCCACGGAAAAGAAAUCAUCUUCCAAGGCUUCGGGUUUUUUUGGGAUGAAAUUAGCUGUGUUCUUAAAGUCCAUUUCUGUUGCUUCCAAAAGAGACAUGAAAGCUUAGAUCUUCCUCAUUUCAUGGGCACUUCUUGACCUAGAGUUCAUUAUACUGGUCCUUUGUGAAUAACCAAAUAUGUGAUUUUUACCAGAUUGAUCAGCCCUCAUGUGGAACCAGAAGAGCGAGAUAAGAGUGGUAGGUAAGCGAGUGGUUUUCAGCUCCUAAGCAAAUUGGAGACAAAAGCAUAUGAAGUGGGUGGUGAAUCAUAAGAUCCUCCCAAAAUUUGCCAAACUCAUGGUCUCCUACCUUUCAAUCACUUAUCUUCAUCCCCAUCAUUUAAUGGAUGUCUCUGCUUGUUUUAUCCAAAUAAAUCUAAACUCUGGAAAGACUGGAAAGAGGAGGUACUGGGGCCCUUAGAUCUACACACUAUAUCUUCCUCCAUCAAAGAGCAAUUGUUUUUGAGUGCCCAAGAAAGCAUGGACAGUGUGGAGAUGGCUCUGCUUGAGAGACAACAAGGGUUGCUUCAGCUUCAGAACUUCAUGUUGCAGAACCAGUCAGUGCAUCAAGAGAUGUUCGAUUGGCCCAAAUUUAGUGAUAAAGAAUUAGAUUUGAACUUACUGGAGAAGAAAAUAAUGCUGAACCAGGAGAGAGAUGGGAUGAAAAAGAGGAAAACAGAGUUUGUUAUACCAAAAGAAGCUGAUGAAAAAAGAGUUAAAGAAGUGAAAUUGGGUAGCAACGAAAACUCACCAAAUACUUCAAAGGAAGAAUCCAAGACUUCGAAAGCUGAAAAAGCAGGUUACAUUCAUGUCAGGGCACGUCGCGGACAGGCUACUGACAGUCAUAGCUUAGCAGAAAGAGCUAGAAGGGAAAAGAUUAGUAACAAAAUGAAGUGUUUGCAAGAAUUAGUCCCUGGUUGCAACAAGGUUAUUGGAAAGACUGGAAUGCUUGAUGAAAUCAUCAAUUAUGUUCAAUCUCUUCAAAGACAAGUUGAGUUUUUGUCAAUGAAAUUGGCUGCUUUAAGUACAAGGACGGAGUUCAGCAUUGAUUACUUCUUCCCAAAAGAGUUUCCUGCUCACAUCGCGGAUUUUCCAGCAGCCACUACGUUGUUAGAGGUAGCCAAUAAUCCCUGCUUUCAGCUUAGUUUGAUGAACCAACAAACUGCGAAAACUCAAUUGGAUGUACAGAAUAGUCUUCUUCAAACUGCGCCCGAAAAUUCUAACAGCUCUUGUUUGUCUACCCCUGAAUUAUGUCCCGACUCGUCCUGCUUCCCUCAACAUGAAGCUCUUCCAACUUGGAAUACUGAUUUGCACAGCAUUUACAAUGUUCGAUUCCAUUGAAAGGAAUCAUGUCUCACUUCCAUGACAUCAACUAUGACAUUCUAAGGAUCAUAUUCUAAGGAUUGUUACUUCAAAAUUUCAAUUUUUCACACAUACCAUGUAUCUUUGUCUGAACGUAUACAGAGACUGUUAUUGGCUUAUUGCUAUACUAUGGUUCCUAAAUUUCUGUUG